GUACCGAGUCACCACAAACCCGUUAUACAACAGCACAAUACCCGAGUACAUAUCUAGAGACAUCGCGUUCCGCAGAAACACCAGAAUCACUGCGCUCGGAUAAGCAGUCCUGUGAUGGCCAACCCCGAUUGCAGCGGGCUGCUGGAUCAGCUCCAAUCGCAGAUCAAUCUCGUGCUCGAGCAAGCCGGGCGCGUCUUUGCGGCGGUCGAUACUACUGGUAAAAGAAUACCGACAGCACAAGUCAACAAGCUGAAACAAAUAAUCCCUCGCGCCCAGAACAACUUCCAUGAUGCGCUCGACCUGCUUGAGGAUGAACUGCAACUCGCCCAAAGAGUGCUGCGGCGUGACCUGGCACUUUUCCGCGAGAAGGCCGGUCAUCAAAAGCACGCGAGUGUUGCGAUUCAGACGGCACAGCAAGGAACGGAGACUGUGGAUUCCGCUACUGCACCCGUGCCGGUGGAAGACGUGACCAUGGAAGAUGUGACCAUGGAAGAUGCCGAGCCACAGCAGCAGACUGAUAUCGUGACCAAAGCUGAGCCGAAAGUCGAGUCACCUGAUCAAAUCCAUACACCACAACCGGAACCCAUUGACGUUAAGACUGCGCCAUCUACAGAAAAACACAAUCCAGAAAACCACAAUCCAGAGAGCCACAAUCCAGAAGAUACGCAGCCGGAAGCCCGACGAGAUGGCGCAGCACCAGCUCCAACGGAAGUACCUGAUACCAAGCCCGCAGACAGCGCUCUGCAACUAGACACCGCACCACCCACGAUCAAGACAGACAAAACGCCCGAAGACGAGAAAGCUCCCGGCACAGCGAAAGAGAGUAUCAACAAUGACUUGGAUUCUCUGUUCGGAGGCGGCGAUACCAGCAACGAGCCUAAUAGCGAAUUCGCAUUUGACGAGAACGCAACUGGAGAGAUAGAUUUUGGCGAUUUCACCAACUUUGGCACAGACAAUGGCGAGAACGAUAAUAUUUCAUCUCUUCUUCCAGGACUCGAAGACUACGCCAAUACACAAUCAAACGCCAGCGGCGCUGAUCUUGAUCUCAGCUCCUUCUUCACAACCAACAACAAUGACGCAAAUCACGCGGCGACUCAACCGGCUGCUUCUGAACAGCGGGAUACUACCUUCGACGAUCUUAUGGAUCUGGCUAAUUUCGAUGGAACCGCGAUGGGAGAAGAUGCAAACAACAGCACCGACUUGGCAGAUUUUGAAUCACUUUUCAACUAGCAGUGUCAGCGGAGGGAGGCGUAGUACUGCAGGGUGACAGGUCCGCUGCAUCCAUGUAAGUCAGUCCACGUUCUGUGCCACGGGUGGGCAUAAGAGGUAAAGAGUCAUAGACCAGAGAGAGACAUAGUACACUGCAACC